AUGGUUAGAACACGAGGUCUACAUCGUGUGUUAGGCACAGGUAGAGGCAGAGACAUUAGUGAGGAUGUGCCAGAGGCUGAUGUUCCUCGGCGUCGUAGGCCCACUGCCUCAGCACGUAGGCAACGGGUUACCCAGAGAGUCGAAGAUGUUCCUGAGUUGCCUGAGGAUGUGCCUCAUGUGUCUAAUGGUAGCCCAGAGAUGACAGGCGUUGCCGAUGGUGUUGAGACAGAUCGAGUGGCUAGUGAUGGGAGCUUGGGGGCACCUGCUGAUGAUGAGGGGUUCCCCAGUGGGCCACACGAUCCAUCUGUUUUGAUAGGAUUUGCUUAUCAUGUGGCACACAACAUAUGGAGUGGACAUUUGGUCUCCCAUGGUAGGAAAGUAGAUAAAUUUGGGAGAUCGGCUGCUGAGAUCGAAGGUAUGAUUGCGGCCACUGGAUUGGAUCCACCGACCAGGUGUUCUAUAAUCACCACCGAUCCUGGACUCAUAUUCGACUUUGUUGAGUGGUGGCAUAGGGAGACGAGCAGCUUCCACCUCCCAGUAGGGGAGGUGACGAUCACUCUAGACGACGUUUCGUCACUCCUGCACAUUCCGAUUACUGGCGCGCUGCAUUCAUUCGAGCCACUGGUUACAUCUGACGCAGUGGCCUUGUUGACGGAGCUACUUGAGGUCACCCCAGAUGAGGCUACAGCUGAGACACGUCAGGUAGGUGGGCCUCAUGUUCGGUUGUCCUGGCUUCGGGACAUGUACCAGAGUAGGUGCCGAGCCAGGCAGUGGGUUGCUGCAGCUCGGACAUACCUCCUUCAUUUGGUUGGUUGCACUCUUUUCGCUAACAAGAGUGCAACCCAUGUCCAUGUUGUGCACCUGCAGGCAUUCAGGGACCUAGGUCAGGCAGGGGAAUUCUCUUGGGGAGCGGCCGCUUUGGUCCACUUGUACAAUCAGCUUAACGAGGCGUCGCAGGCCCCUACACGGCAGAUGGCCGGUUACAUUUCACUACUUCAGUGCUGGAUUUACGAGCACUUUCCAUCGAUCCAUAGGUGUGUCGUUGACGAUGGUUAUGCUGAGGCUAGCCCACGUGCCUGUAGGUGGCUUACGGGUAAGGCCCAGAUGACCGGGAUUAAGGGAGCCCCUUACAGAGCACGUAUUGAUUCCCUGACAGUGACCGAUGUCUGUUGGAUGCCGUAUGCUGAGCAUCGGGGAGUUCGAGGCUAUGACUUGAUCUCCUCGUACACGGGGCAAGUCAGAUGGGGUCAGAUCAUUGUCUACAUUCGACCAGAGAGGGUGGUUCGGCAGAUGGGGUACAUUCAGACCGUUCCUCUGCCACCGGUUCGUGAUUCGUUGACAGGUACUGAUAUAGACGACCGGUGGGUACACUUUUCAGAUCAUGUGGUGCCUACAGGGAAGCUCUAUGUAGUUCCUGGGCAAGUGGCCCCAGACUACAUGGAGUGGUUUUUUCAGAUUUCGCACCCUUUUCUGACGCCGACGGAGGACACUGUUGAGCCGAGACCUGCGCCUCCCCCUCCCACUCAUGAUGAUGACUUCGUCGAGCCACCUGUCGUCGAGGUUUCAGUCACGUCGGAUCUCCCUACGCAUUCAGUGGUUGAUUGCACAACAUGUGUAAGGAUUGGAAGGAUUGCUGAGCAUUUGGAGCGCGUCAUCAACCUCAGGAUGGUGACUGAAGGGACUGACUCAUAUGAUAUCAUGGAUCCUUGUCUGAGGAUAGCUAGAGAUGACGACCCAGAUGACAGUCUUAGGCCGCGACAGAGACCCCGCAUAGAUUAG